GGGCCAAGAACUUCCGGUCGGUGGGGGGGGACCAUGGCGAGCUUCUCCAAAGCGAACCAGCAAUGGGCCACUUUUGCUCGAGUUUGGUAUCUUUUAGAUGGAAAAAUGCAGCCCCCAGGGAAGCUUGCUUCUCUGGCAUCAGUUAAACUUCAAGGAUUGCAUAAACCAGUGUACCAUCAACUCAGUGACUGUGGAGAUCAUGUUGUCAUAAUGAAUACAAGGCACAUUGCAUUUUCUGGAAACAAAUGGGAACAAAAAGUAUACUCCUCACAUACUGGCUACCCAGGAGGAUUUAAACAAGUGACAGCUGCUCAGCUGCACCAGAAGGAUCCAGUGGCCAUUGUGAAGCUAGCUAUUUACGGCAUGCUGCCUAAAAACCUUCACAGAAGGACGAUGAUGCAGAGGUUGCAUCUUUUCCCAGAUGAGGAUAUACCAGAAGAUAUUCUUAAGAAUUUAGUGGAGGAGCUUUCCCAACCACGCAAAGUGCCUCGACGUUUAGAUGAAUACACACAAGAAGAAAUUGAUGCUUUCCCCAGAGUGUGGUCUCCACCUGAAGACUAUCGACUGUAGAAGGACAUUUAAAAAAAUAACAACAAAGUGAAAAUUCUUCCCAAUGACUUUGUCCUGCCCUCUAAGGCAAAUGAAAACAGCUACUGCAGUUUGGAUGCUGAAAAUGUGGGUGGGGAAAAUAUCAGGAAGGAAUAUUUCUGUAAUAGGAAAUUGCAGCAUGAUAAAUUAUUUUGUAUAAGUUGAAUGUUAAUAAUAAUGUAAAAAAUAAAGUGGUUUAACCUGU